GAAAAACACAAAGUAGAAAUAGAAAAAUAGUAGCAAAUUCACAUAUUUAGAUAUCAGAAUCAGCAAAAAUACACAGAUAAUAGAGGGAAAGGAGAGAGAGAAGGAGAGUGGCUGUUUCAACGGCCACCUCCAUCUCCACCUCAACACAUCUGGUUGGCCACUCCUCCAUCGUUGUUCUAUUUUCUGCUCUCUUUCUUUUCCCUCAAUUUUCUCGGGAAAACCAAAAAGAAAAGAAAAAAGCGAAAAAGAAAAAAAAAAGCAGGAGGAAGAACAAGAACAAUCUGUUCCUAUUCCUCCAAUUCAGACAACCCCAUUAUUCGAAACCAAUCAAAAUUCAAUUGGGCUUCAAUGUCGCGUUAGAAUCUUCGAUUUUUGUUUCUGGGUUUUUUUGUUUUUUCAGAGUUGAACUGUGAAAUCGUUCAACAAGAGAAGGGGAGAAGGAAGAUGCAGCACAACAUCUUCGCCACAAUGCGUAGCUUGAAGAUCAUGGACGGUUGCAAAGGCACUCAGGUCUACGCCAUCAACCCCUCCGCCACCGGUGGCUGCGGCGGCGGCAUCGGGGAGAAGCUGCUUCAGCAAAUCCACGACCACAUCAAGAGCCAAACCCUCCGGACCAAAUCGGUUCGAAACUUCCAAGCUCCGAAUAACACGACAGCAUCCGAGGUUGCUGUCGCCGCCGAGGGUUCUCUCCUUCCUUAUGGGCUCCCCAUGACGGAGCUUCUCGAGCCGAGGAUCGAGCCUACCUUGAGGCCCAUCGAUCUCGUUGAGUCCCUUGCCCAGGUGCACCGUAGGGUCGAGGAUUGCCCCCAGUUCGACCGGUCCGAGGUUUUUCUGGAGCAGUGCGCUGUGUUCCGCGGUAUUGCCGACCCGAAGAUGUUCCGGCGGAGUCUCCGGUCUGCCCGGCAGCAUGCUGUGGAUGUGCACACGAAGGUCGUGCUCGCGUCGUGGCUGCGGUAUGAGAGGAGGGAGGACGAGCUCAUUGGCUCCUCAGCGAUGGAUUGCAGCGGAAGGAAUAUUGAAUGCCCCAGGGCUAGCUUGAUUCCCGGGUAUGCUCCGGAAUCUGUUUAUGAUCCGUGUUCUUGCGCGUGUUCUCGUGAUAAUUUUGAUAAUGAGGAAGACGUGGGGAUGGUGGAUGAUGAACAAAGUUGUUCUACCUCAGAUGAGGAUGAUGGUGGUGAUAUGUCAUUUUGCAUUGGUGAGGAUGAGGUUAGGUGUAGUAGAUUCAAUAUUGCCUCGCUUUCGAGGCCCUUUAACACAAUGUUGUAUGGUGGAUUCAUGGAAUCUAGGAGGGAGAAGAUAAAUUUCACGCGGCAUGGGUUUUCAGUUGAUGCAAUGAGGGCUGCUGAGUCUUUUAGUAGAACUAAGAGGCUGAGCCAGCUUCAGCCAAAUGUUGUUUUGGAGUUGCUCUCUUUGGCGAACCGGUUUUGUUGUGAGGAGAUGAAGCGUGCUUGUGAUGCACAUUUGGCGUCUCUGGUUUGUGACACAGAGGAUGCCUUAUUACUAAUUGAGUACGGGCUAGAGGAGACCGCGUACCUGCUGGUCGCGGCUUGCUUGCAGGUGUUCCUGAGGGAGCUCCCUGGUUCAAUGCAGAGUUCCAGUGUAUUGAAAAUGUUUUGUAGUCCAGAGGGUAGGGAUAGGCUGGCUAUGGCGGGGCAUGCGUCGUUUGUGUUGUAUUACUUUUUGAGUCAGAUUGCCAUGGAGGAAGAGAUGAGGUCUAACACCACCGUGAUGCUGUUGGAGAGAUUAGUGGAAUGUGCGGCAGAUGGUUGGGAGAAGCAACUUGCUUUUCACCUAUUAGGUGUUGUAAUGCUUGAGAGAAAAGAGUGUAAAGAUGCACAGCAUUGGUUUCAGGCAGCAGUGGAGGCAGGGCAUGUUUAUUCUUUAGUGGGAGUUGCAAGGGCCAAGUAUAAACGUGGUCACACAUAUUCAGCAUAUAAGCUGAUUAACUCCCUUAUUUCGGAUUAUAAACCAGUUGGGUGGAUGUAUCAGGAAAGAUCUCUGUAUUGUGUAGGGAAGGAGAAGAUAAUGGACUUGAUCUCUGCCACUGAAUUAGAUCCAACUCUUUCUUUUCCUUACAAAUACCGGUCUGUAUCUUUGUUGGAGGAGAAUAAGAUUGGACUUGCCAUUACAGAAAUCAAUAAAAUAAUUGGUUUCAAGGUUUCUCCAGACUGCCUUGAAUUGAGAGCUUGGUUCUUGAUUGCCAUGGAGGAUUAUGAAGGAGCCCUCAGAGAUGUACGGGCAAUUUUGACAUUGGAUCCAAAUUAUUUGAUGUUCUAUGGGAAUAUGCAUUGUGAGCACUUGGUAGACCUACUCAGUCCUAUUGUUCAGCAGUGGAGUCAGGCUGAUUGCUGGAUGCAAUUGUAUGACCGGUGGUCGUCUGUUGAUGAUAUUGGUUCUUUGGCUGUUGUACACCAGAUGUUAGCAAAUGACCCGGGAAAAAGUCUUUUACGCUUUCGGCAAUCUCUCCUUUUGUUACGGUUAAAUUGCCAAAAGGCAGCCAUGCACAGUUUGCGGCAGGCUAGAAAUCAUUCUUCUUCUGACCAUGAGAGGCUUGUCUAUGAAGGAUGGAUAUUGUAUGACACUGGUCAUCGUGAAGAAGCAUUAGCAAAGGCUGAGGAGUCCAUUUCUAUUCAAAGAUCAUUUGAAGCUUACUUUCUUAAAGCAUAUGCAUUAGCCGACUCGAAUCUUGAUUCAGAGUCUUCAAAGUAUGUUAUCCAUCUCUUGGAGGAAGCUCUUAGAUGCCCUUCAGAUGGUCUUCGGAAAGGACAAGCACUAAAUAAUCUUGGCAGCGUCUACGUAGAUUGUGAUAAGCUGGACCUUGCAGCUGACUGCUACAUGAAUGCACUCAACAUCAAGCAUACACGAGCACAUCAGGGAUUGGCACGUGUAUAUCAUCUUAAAAAUCAACGCAAAGCUGCAUAUGAUGAGAUGACAAAACUAAUUGAAAAGGCCUGGAAUAAUGCAUCGGCUUUUGAGAAACGGUCAGAAUAUUGUGACCGCGAUAUGGCAAAGAGUGAUCUUAGUAUGGCAACACAGUUGGAUCCUCUAAGGACAUAUCCUUACAGAUAUAGGGCAGCCGUUUUAAUGGAUGAUCAUAAGGAAGCAGAAGCAAUUGCAGAGCUUUCAAGAGCCAUUGAUUUUAAACCAGAUCUGCAACUGUUACAUCUCCGAGCAGCAUUUUAUGAUUCAAUGAGUGUUUAUGUUUCUACCGUACGAGACUGUGAAGCAGCCCUUUGUCUUGAUCCUAACCAUACUGAGACACUUGAGCUUCGUGAUAAAGCAUGGGAGCAAUUAAAGAACAGAAGUGGGAGAAUAAGAGAUUAAAAGGAAUUCAUGUGUUCCCUGUCGGGACAAGCCUAUUUUUUCCAACCUGUACCUUUUUUACUCGUGAAGGUUCAGCAAUAUCAGCGCCGUUCAGCUGGCGUUCAGGAAACAGAACAACAGAAAGGAAAGAAAAGUUUGAAAGGUCAUUUGAUUUGAACAGAAGGCAAAUAGAGGAGCAGGUUAGCUUGUAAAUAUAUGUAACGACUUCCGUUUUUGUCAGAGGAUGGCCAAGCAGUGCAGACGGCUGCGGCUGCUAUGCUCCACUAUUGUGCCACACCAGCGAGAAUGGCAAUGUUAGACAAAACAUGUACAUGAAAAAUCCAUUUAUGUAAGUCCAAGAUUUAGAUAUUUAUCAUUGUAUUUUUGGCUGAGCAAUUGCCAGUUCACAACAUUGUGUUAUAACUUAUAACAUUUUUCACUUUUCUCUGUUGUAACAAUUUUCCCUGGCGACCCUUGUAAUUUAUGUUCUUGAUGAGUUCUGUUUGGAUAAGCUUUAUCAAAUUUAUCAAGUUCUGUUUGGAUAA